AUGGCGGGAGGCUACUUUGAACUUUCGGUCUCCCGCCAGUCCAGUGUGUCUGAUACCGCGGCGGGACCAAACAAAGUAUCUCCAGUGUCACGUCAAGCAUCAUUGCCCCUGCUGAAUGAUGAUUUCCAGGGCCAGCAGACGUAUAGGGAUGGGAAACCAAAUGAUGUUGGCGCACAGGGCAAUCAUUGGAAUGCCAGCCUGCCCAAACCCACCAAUCGUGUCAAGUUCACGGAGGAUGAAGCAGAGCUAAGGGAACCCACUGCUGAAGCUAUGGGCAGAUCCCGGGACUGCAGGGGCACUGUGCUCCCACAAAAGCCCUUACCCACUGCCAACAUUCCUUUUAUCCAGGCAACGGGGCUCGUGGACCCUCCUGCCUUGCCCUCACUGGUCGGAGGAAGCCCUAGCGCGCCAGCCGAUGUCACCGACUUGAAGAUCAGCAUCCAGACAAGCUCAUCGGGACCCGGAACGACAGAGGAGCUUGGACUUGGUACAAAUGACAAAGGGCGGGCAAUAUCCCAGGCAAAAGACAAGGCUCAACGGCUGGUAUCUCUUUUAAGUCGCCCCCAAAAAUCUCCGAAGCCAAGCUGUCGCUCUAGUAUAGCGUCUUCAAUAUCAUCUACUCCGACUGAAGCGGCGUUUCAUACUGAAUAUGGGGAUGAGAUUCCUAUGAUCAGCUUUUCUGAAAAACAACAACUAUUCGAAGACUUAACUGACGAGGAUGAAUACACACCGCGCAAAGCUGAAGCUUUUCACCUCGUGCGACAAAUGUCCCGUCGAGAGUAUCCUUUCUUGCCUCGCAUUCACCCACCACCACCUGGCCCUCUCUCUGGCCAGGUUACCCCCAGUGAGGGUAGUAAUUCGGAUACUUAUGUUGAACGGCCGACACAUUACCGUGGAGGCAUUCUAUCCUCCAUCCUGAAGCUGUACGACCAGCAGACUGGCGGACCGCCAGAUUACAACCCAAACCGCAGCCGAUGGGGCCGUUCCAGAAGAGGGAGUUCCGUAGAUUUCAGUGAACGUGGAUUCUCUCCUGAUCCUAUCUGGAGACCUCACCGGCCAAGAAAAUGGUAUGAAAAGUCAUCAACCCGAUCGAGCAGCACUCUAGCCGGAUCGGGAUCAUCACCAAAGAGCACCUCCCCGACUUCCACGCUGAAGCGCUCUCACAGCAGUGGCGCGGCCGUCGGUGGGGGACGACCAUGGGCCCGGUCGAACCAGCUUGCAGAUGAGAUCCGCAUCACGGUGCAUAUUGCGGAGACUCUCUCCCGCCAGCGAUAUCUCAUCCGCCUUUGUCGUUCUCUAAUGAAGUAUGGUGCUCCGACUCACCGUCUUGAGGAGUAUAUGCGGAUGACUUCCCGUGUGCUGGAGAUUGAUGGUCAAUUUUUGUAUUUCCCCGGUUGCAUGAUCAUUUCCUUUGAUGAUGCCACCACGCAUACGACGGAGGUCAAAGUUGUCCGGUCCAGUCAAGGAAUUGAUCUUGGCCGACUGGCCGAUGUACACGAGAUCUACAAAGAAGUGAUUCACGACGUCAUCGGAGUGGAGGAGGCUAUUCAACGUCUGGAUGAUACGACGACAAAACCUAACAAAUACCACCUAUUCCUACAAAUCUUCGCUCAUGGCUGCGCGAGUGCAUGUGUGGGACCUUUUGCCUUUAACGCACGGCCAAUAGAUAUGCCGAUCGCCUUCUUACUAGGCUGUCUUCUCGGUAUCCUGCAGCUGAUUCUCUCGCCUAAAUCAAGCCUCUACUCCAAUGUCUUUGAAAUCUCAGCUGCAGUGCUGACUUCCUUCCUGGCUCGCGCCUUUGGAAGCAUCCGGUACCAAGGUGAUCCCCUUUUCUGUUUCUCUGCACUGGCACAAUCAUCCAUUGCCCUUAUCUUGCCGGGGUAUACGGUCCUUUGCGCCAGUCUGGAGCUCCAAUCAGGCAGCAUCAUCGCCGGUUCCAUCCGCAUGGUGUAUGCCAUCAUCUACUCUCUGUUCCUGGGGUUCGGAAUCACCAUCGGCACAGCGGUAUACGGCCUCCUAGAUGCCCAGGCCUCAACUGAAUAUACAUGCCCGGCCAGCCCUAUCAACAAUGAAUACCUUCAGCGCUUCCCAUUCGUGAUCCUCUUCACCGUCUGUCUGGCCAUAGUGAACCAGUCCAAAUUGAAACAGAUCCCUAUCAUGAUCGUGAUCUCUUUCGCUGGCUACGUGGUCAGCUUUUUCAGCGGAAAGCGCUUCUACUCCAACACCCAGGUCUCCAAUGCCCUUGGCGCCUUUGUCAUCGGACUCUUGGGCAACUUUUACAGCCGGCUCCGCCAUGGCCUCGCUGCUGCUGCAAUGUUGCCUGCUAUCUGGGUCCUCGUGCCCUCUGGUCUGGCAGCUAGCGGAUCGUUGAUUUCGGGAAUCACGUCCGCGGAAGAGAUGACUCGGACCCGAUAUGCUGUCGUGAGUAACGGGACACAGGGCUUUGUCGAUGCCGCGAAGAACAUGUCGGCUUCUGAGGCUCGAGAUCAGAGCUAUGGUGUUGCAUUCGAUAUUGGAUAUGGUAUGGUUCAGGUUGCUAUUGGGACAACCGUGGGCCUUUUCUUGGCUGCUCUUGUGGUGUACCCGCUGGGCAAGAAGCGCAGCGGAUUGUUCAGCUUUUGA